CCAAAACAUAGUAUAGUAAUAUGAGAAUCUAACCCGCCUGUUUUUUAAUAAAGAAUUCCAAAACCCAUUCCCUAGUUAUGAUAGUAGUAGAGCAAGUAAGUGGAUCCACAGGACCACAGCUCUAAGCUCUCUACUUUCUACUCAGCGUCGGUGAAGAGUAGGCUCAGUGUCUAAAACAAAAGAAUCUAUCCAUGGCAGCUACUGGAUCUCCUUCACUAUUUCCACUUCUCUUCUUUGCAAGAAUCUCAGGUCUCAUAGUUGCUGCUUUAGUCAUUUCUUGGGCUCUUCUUUUCAAAUCCAGCUUUCUUCCUCAGUCUUCCUCUCAUGAAGACCUCAUUUAUGCAGUUCUCCAUCCUUUGUUAAUGGUAAUCGGUUUUAUUCUCAUUAGUGGUGAAGCAAUUUUAGUGCACAGGUGGUUGCCUGGCUCAAAGAGCUUGAAGAAAUCUGUGCAUUUGUGCCUUCAAGGAUUGGCUUUGGGCUGUGGCAUUUUUGGUAUUUGGACAAGGUUUCAAGGCAAAGAUGGGAUUGUAGCUAAUUUCUUUAGUCUGCAUUCUUGGAUGGGUUUAAUCUGCAUUUCCUUGUUUGGAGCUCAGUGGCUGAUGGGUUUCUUGAGCUUCUGGAACAGGGGAGAGGUGAGAAUGGUGAGGGUAAAGGUACUGCCAUGGCACAUAUUUCUUGGGCUAUACACAUAUGGAUUGGCAGUGGCAACAGCAGAAACAGGUUUAUUGGAGAAGUUGACAUUCUUGCAAACUAACAGAAAUGUAUCAAAACGAUCACCAGAAUCUAUGGUUGUAAAUUGUUUAGGACUUGGCUUGGCGUUGCUUAGUGGUAUGAUUAUAUUAGCUGCUGUUUCUCCCAAGCGCCAAUCUCUUCAAAGCAAAAUAAUGUUCAAAGAUUCAACUACCAAGUACUUGUCUUCACUGGCUGGGGCCAGCAGCAGCUCGAAAGCGAAUUCGCAAUCUCUGUGCCUGAAACCAUUCUCAACACCAAGAAUGGCAGUUCCCGUAAUUGGGUUUCAGAAUGUUACAACGUUGGUUAGGGUAAUUGGAGUGGCGGUUGCAAUUUUGGUUCUAACAUGGGCUUUACACUUCAGAGGCGGUCUCUCUCUGUCCUCUACUAACAAAGAUCUCAUCUUCAAUGUCCAUCCUGUCCUGGUGGUAAUCGGGCUUAUUCUUUUGAACGGUGAAGCUAUGCUAGCAUACAAGACAAUCUCUCGAUCUAAAAACUUCAGAAAGGCAGUGCAUCUCGCAAUACAAUCUGUAUCAUUUUGUUUAAGUGUGAUAGGUGUUUGGGCUGCUUAUAAGUUCCAUAAUGAGAAGGGCAUUGACAAUUUCUAUAGUCUGCAUUCGUGGCUUGGUCUUGCUUGUCUAUUCCUAUUCGGAACCCAGUGGGCUGCUGGCUUUUCAACCUUUUGGUAUCCAGGUGGUUCAGUAAACUGCAGAGCUUCUUUGCUUCCCUGGCACGUGUUCUUUGGGAUCUACAUAUAUGCACUUGCCAUCGGCACUGCGGCUACAGGUAUUCUGGAGAAAGCCACAUUCUUGCAAACCAACCAUGUAAUAUUGCGCUAUUCCUCUGAGGCACUGCUGUUGAACUUUUUGGGUAUGCUAAUUGUUGUUCUUGGAGGCUGUGUAAUUCUUGCAGUCAUUACACCCAAGAUCGAUAAAGCGGAUGCUUAUAGUCCACUAGAAUAUGAAAUGCAACUUCCAACUGCAUAAAUCAAUUGGUUGGUGGUGUUAUUCUCAUAAGUAUGUGGGCAAUUUCGUCCACUGAAACUGAAUGAUUGUAGUAUUCUGUUUAUUACUGCUUUUACAUCCCCAAAUCAGCUCAUAUUGCGAUUGAAUUGGUAGUUGCAACUGGAAGUUUUCGUUUGCUGGUCGGACAGAUGAAAUCAUUUGGUUGCAUAAUUUGGAAUAGUAUAGUGACAAAAUUGGAGGAUUGGCAGUAUAGAUGGGAUGGAAAGUGCUGAUUGGGCUGUGCUGAUGCCCUCCUGAAAAUAUAAAACCUUUUUAAUUGUUUACUGUAAUCUGAGUUUUUGCUAGGCAUUAUUACAUUAUCUCCCAUUAGGUGUGUCCUCAAAUUGAGUCAACAUAUGUUUCUUUCUGAGUUCAACAAAUUUGAGAUUGAGAACUCGAUUUGGCUUUUA